GCUCGGAGGCGAGGCACGGUCGCGCGCGUGAGUCUGGGGACGACGCGGCUCUGACGAGACCCCUGUUCAUGAUCAUCUCAACAUGCAUCAUUCCAAGAGCGACAUUUCCUCUGCGACUGCGUUUUAGUCAUAGCCUGUAAACAUGGCAGAGGAGAGACGGAGGUGAGCUCCGGACAGCAAUCGCUGCACUAAUCGCCUGCGGUGGUGAAUCAGAUCAGAUUGAUCUUCUUGUGGAUCGGUUGGGGAUCGAUAAGGCUCCGGGAAACGGUGGACCAUGAACCCUGGACAGGACGAGAGUUCAGUUCGCGUCGCGCUGAGGAUCCGUCCCCAGCUGGCACGGGAGAAGAUAGAGGGAUGUCACAUCUGUACAUUUGUGACCCCUGGUGAGCCCCAGGUAAUUCUGGGAAAGGACAAGGCCUUUACAUUCGAUCAUGUGUUUGACAUGGACACAGAUCAGGAGACUAUCUACGCAAACUGCACUGAGAAGUUGAUAGAGGGCUGCCUUGAAGGCUAUAAUGCCACUAUAUUUGCCUAUGGACAGACUGGUUCGGGAAAGACGUACACGAUGGGCACUGGUUUCGACGUGAGCAUAUCGGAAGAUGAGCUGGGCAUCAUCCCUCGAGCAGUCAGUCACCUUUUCAAAGGCAUUGAGCAGAGACGACAGGCUGCAACAGAGCAAGGACGCCCAGUACCUGAGUUCAAGAUUAAUGCCCAGUUCCUGGAGUUGUAUAAUGAGGAGGUUCUGGAUCUCUUUGACUCUACACGUGAUAUGGAGUCCCGAAAACAGAAAUCUCACAUAAAGAUCCAUGAAGAUGCCAGCGGCGGCAUUUAUACGGUGGGAGUGACCACACGCACUGUUUCUUCAGAGGCUGAAAUGAUGCAGUGUUUGAAGCUGGGCGCUCUUUCACGAACUACUGCUAGCACUCAAAUGAACGUACAGAGUUCUCGCUCACAUGCCAUCUUCACAAUCCACCUGUGCCAAGUGCGCGUAUGCACACCUUCAGACAAUAAUGACAAUGAGACUGAUAACCGGCUGGCCAAUGGCUCAUCUGACAUGGAUGAGUUUGAGACACUAACUGCAAAGUUUCACUUCGUGGAUCUGGCAGGUUCAGAACGGCUAAAGAGAACCGGUGCCACCGGAGAAAGAGCCAAAGAGGGCAUUUCCAUCAACUGUGGACUGUUGGCAUUGGGGAAUGUCAUCAGUGCCUUAGGAGACAGAAGCAAACGGUCAACACAUGUGCCUUACCGAGACUCCAAACUUACACGUCUUCUCCAGGAUUCUUUGGGUGGCAACAGCCAAACAGUGAUGAUAGCCUGCAUAAGUCCAUCAGACCGGGACUUCAUGGAGACUCUGAACACGCUGAAGUAUGCAAACCGAGCCCGUAACAUAAAGAACAAAGUGGUGGUGAAUCAGGACAAAGCCAGUCAGCAGAUCAGUGCUCUAAGGACGGAGAUUGCAAGGCUGCAAAUGGAGCUCAUGGAGUACCGUACGGGCAAGCGUAUUGUUAGUGAGGAUGGCAUGGAGAGCAUCAAUGACAUGUACCAUGAGAACUCCAUGCUGCAGAUGGAGAACCAGAAUCUACGUGUACGUGUGAAAGCCAUGCAAGAGACAAUCGACGCCCAGCGAGCCCGCCUCACUCAGAUCCUCAGCGAUCAGGCUAAUAAUGCACUUGCAAAAGCUGGGGAAGGCAGUGAGGAAAUUGGAAAUAUGAUACAGAACUACAUCAAAGAGAUUGAAGAUUUGAGGGCAAAAUUGCUGGAAAGCGAGGCAGUGAAUGAGAAUCUGAGGAAGAAUCUGUCUCGAGCGUCCACUAGAUCGCCUUUCUAUGGAGGGUCUGCAGCUUUCUCUCUGGGUCCUGACCCAUCCCAAGAGACCUCUGACAUCAUUGAGCUGGCUAAGAAAGAUCUGGAGAAACUGAAGAGGAGAGAGAGGAAGAAAAAAAAAAGGCUCCAGCAGCUGCUGGAGGAGAGGAGAGUGGAGGAGGAAGAGGAGAUGGAGGUGAAGGAAGACAGUGUUUUAAAGGAAGAAAUCCCUGAUAAUGAGCAAGAGAAGGGGAAUGAGCGAGAGCAGUGUGAGCCUGCGAGUGAGGAGGCAGAGGAGGUCCAGGAAGGCAGUGAUCAUGAAGAGGCUGAGGAAGAAGAGGAGGAGGAGGAAGAUGAGGAGCUGGAAGCUGACGAGAGUUCAGAUGAUUCAGACUCAGAGUUGGAUGAGAAAGAGAACUUUCAGGCAGACCUGGCCAACAUCACUUGUGAGAUUGCUAUCAAGCAGAAGUUAAUCGAUGAGCUGGAGAACAGCCAAAGACGUCUUCACACCCUCAAACAGCAAUAUGAGCAAAAACUCAUGAUGCUGCAGAGUAAGAUUCAGGACACUCAGCUGGAGAGAGAUCGUGUACUGCAAAACAUGGGCUCCGUAGAGUCCUGUACUGAGGACAAGGCGAAGAAAAUAAAGGCAGAGUAUGAGAAGAAACUAACCGUCAUGAACAAAGAACUGCAGAAACUGCAAGCCGCCCAGAAAGAACACGCUCGCCUGCUCAAGAACCAGUCACAGUAUGAAAAGCAGCUUAAGAAACUCCAACAGGAAGUCGUGGAGAUGAAGAAAAUCAAAGUGCGUCUGAUGAAGCAAAUGAAGGAGCAGCAGGAGAAAAACCGUCUGACAGAGUCACGCAGGAACCGUGAGAUUGCCACACUGAAGAAGGACCAGCGAAAACAGGAGCACCAGCUGAAACUGCUUGAGGCCCAGAAGAGGCAGCAAGAGCUCAUACUGCGCAGGAAGACUGAGGAGGUGACUGCUCUGAGACGGCAGGUUCGGCCUAUUUCAGGAAAGAUGAACAGAAAGGUUCUCCUACCAGAGAAUGUACAGGACUCUGCCCACAGAAUGCCCAGCACACGCACACACACAGGAUCAGGAGCUCCGAACGGAACGAGACUGUACCAUCGCAGACCUGUAGGGAUUUACUCUACUCGUAUAGCACGGGUCAAAUGGCAGAGUCUGGAGCGCCGAAUCUCCGACAUCAUCAUGCAGCGCAUGACAAUCUCCAAUAUGGAGGCAGAUAUGAAUCGCCUUCUCAAGCAAAGAGAGGAUCUCACACGGCGGAGAGACAAGCUAAACAGGAAGAAGGAGAAGAUGGCCACCGAUAGCCCUGAAGCUGAAAAAGCUGUGCAGUCUCUGAACGAGGAAUUGGAGUCCCUUUUAGCAAAUAUCGACUACAUUAACGACAGUAUUGCUGACUGCCAGGCCAACAUCAUGCAGAUGGAGGAGGCGAAGGAAGAGGGUGAGACGAUGGAUGUUUCAGCUGUGAUCAGCUCCUGCACCCUUUCAGAGGCUCGUUUUCUUCUGGAUCAUUUCAUGUCUAUGGCUAUCAAUAAGGGACUACACGCGGCCCAGAAAGAGUCUCAGAUUAAGGUGAUGGAGGGCCGACUCAAGCAGACUGAGAUCAACAGCGCCACUCAGAACCAACUGUUAUUCCAUAUGCUGAAGGAGAAAGCAGAGUUUAACCCGGAGCUGGAUGCACUUCUUGGGAAUGCUCUGCAAGAGCUAGGUAACAUGUCUGUGGAGAAUGAAGAUGACAGUAGCAGUGAUGAGUCGACACAGAGUCCUGCAGCAGAUGCGAACACCAUGGCCACUGAUCUCAUGAAGCUCUGUGGAGAGACCAAGACCAGGAGUAAGGCUCGAAGAAGAACUACCACACAAAUGGAGUUGCUCUAUGCGAACAGCUGUGAGCCUGGCCUCGAUACACCCAGUGGGGAAUUCACCAGCCCUCUCCACCCGAUGGCUGAAACUCCAGAGGGCACAGACGAAUCUUUGAGUAGUACGCUUAGGGACUACAUGCUCCCUGGUUCUGCCUUGUCCUCGAGAAUGGGUGGCAUAAACUCUGGCUCCAGACCUGGGGGGCUGGAAAAGAGAGUGCCGGAAGCGUCACCUCUCAACCGCAGGAAGACCUAUGACAAGGGACAAGCAGCAGCCGACAGGGCUAAAGCACAGGAGAUCAAACAAGGAGUGAUAAACCCAGUACCUGCAUCGAAGAGCAAUCGCGGCGGUACUCUGCAGUGUGUGCAUGUGGCUGAGGGCCAUAGCAAAGCUGUGCUGUGUGUGGACUCCACUGAUGAUCUCCUAUUUACUGGAUCUAAAGAUCGCACGUGCAAGGUGUGGAAUCUGGUGACUGGGCAGGAAAUCAUGUCUCUCGGUGGCCAUCCUAAUAACGUUGUGUCAGUACGUUAUAGCUCCAGCAUGGUCUUUACAGUCUCCACCUCUUACAUAAAAGUGUGGGACAUCCGCGACUCUGCAAAGUGCAUCCGCACCCUCACAUCCUCUGGUCAGGUGAGCACAGGCGAUGCAUGUGCUGGUAACACCAGCCGCACAGUGACUACAGCCGCUGGAGAAAACCAGAUCAACCAGAUUGCCCUCAACCCUACAGGCACAGUGCUGUAUGUGGCAGCUGGCAACUCUGUCCGCAUGUGGGACCUCAGAAGGUUUGUCUCUUCAGGAAAACUUACAGGUCAUCUAGGCCCAGUCAUGUGUUUGACUGUGGAUCACUCUGGCAGUGGCCAAGAUCUGGUCAUCACCGGCUCUAAGGAUCACUAUAUCAAGAUGUUUGAUGUAACAGAAGGAGCUCUAGGCAGCAUCAGUCCUACGCACAACUUUGAACCUCCACACUACGAUGGCAUUGAGUCGGUAGUGGUGCAGGGAGACUGUCUAUUCAGUGGCUCCAGAGACAAUGGAAUAAAAAAAUGGGACCUGGCUCGCAAAGACCUACUGCAGCAAGUUCCUAACGCUCACCGGGACUGGGUGUGUGCGCUGGGCGUUGUGCCAGGUUCUCCUGCCCUGCUGAGUGGCUGUAGAGGAGGAGUGUUGAAGCUCUGGCACAAGGACACACUGAGCGCUCUCGGAGAACUCCGGGGACACGAGAGUCCUAUCAACAGCAUCUCUACAAACAGCAGCUUAUUGUUUACCGCAUCAGAUGAUCGAACGGUGAAGAUCUGGCGUGCGAGAGGAGGUCUGGACAGCACUGACAUGACUGACAUUACUGAUGAACCUGGCAGCAACUGACUGUACUUUCACAUCUCAUGUGGCUAACUUCCCAUUGUGCUCUGCCCUCACCUACUAAAACAGGACCCCUGAUGUAUACCAUCACAGAAGAUUAAUGUCUGAAUAAAAGUGGAUGUAAACAGACUGGAAUCUGCUGCGUCACCACGGCCACUUUUCUUGUAUGGUCUCAAAAUGUGUCUUAAUAACCCAUCAAUGCUAUGGAAGAUAGCUAAAGCAAAUCUCAGUACCGAAAUAAAUUCUCCUUUAGAUUC